AUGGAGAAGAAGCAAAAAGAAGCCGAGCGCUCACGAAGAAAUCGUAGGAAACGAAAAAGUGAAUUUGAAAAAUAUAAGGAAUUCUAUAAGUAUGCUACUGAAAACAACAUGUCAUUUGUGCAAGAAUUCGAAGCAAAACGGCAGGCGUCGUCAGCAGCAAGAGGAAACAGUCAUAGAACCAGUGGUCGAAGAGAAACAACCGGAGACGAGUAG